AUGGGCGCUCUGCGCUCGGCCACGAGAUCAAUUAAUUUGUUGAUACUUCUGCCCUUGCUCCUCCCGAUUAUUACUGUUAUCGGUAGGUUUCUUUUCCGAUUUUAAAUUUAUUCCAAGCUUUUUGGUAUUGUUUUCCAACUAAUGUUUUCUUAAUUACCUUGUUUCAUUUAAUCAACUUUGACGAUUUACGAUUUUUUUCGUUCCCACCUUCUUCUUUUUUCAAAAUAGCUUUUUUGAAUAUUCUUGUUGUACCCUUCCGGUUGAUUACUAACCAGGGAAUGGUCUCAGCUCACAGUGGGACUUCUGAAAGAGACCAUAUUUUCUAGAUGUAGUUUUUCACGCUGAUUCCAAAUCCGUUUUCAAAAGCUGCCACCGAGGUCUGUGAAAAAAGUUAUGGACCCUCAAAAGUCGAAAAUUUCAUAGUCUCCGAUCGAGCUCAUUUUUAGAAGGUAUAUAGUCCUUGUUUCCCUUGUCACGAUAAACCAUCAAAUUUUUUCAAAAAAUGCUUAUGAGCCAAGAUAUGAGCUUUCAAAGACCCACCGCACACAAGAGAAUGCGCGCGCGGUGUCCUAUUGCGAUCUGACGGCUGUCGAAGCAACGGCAGCGAGGAGCAGUGGAAAGGCGGCGGACUGGGGAUCACGAGGUCAUAGGUUCGGUGCCCACGCUGUGCAAACUUUUUUUGCAGUUUUUUCUUUUUUGGAUAUUUCCGUGUAAGUGCUCCUUUUUUGAGUUUCGAAGCGUAGAAACAUGAAAACACUGCGUUUUGAGCAUAUUAAAACAGCUGGAUUCCUUUUUGUCGCAAUUUUUUUUCAUGGAUUUUUUCGUGAUUUUCCAUGUGUAUGAGCAUAGGUUGGAGUGUCAAAAUUUUCAGAAAAAUUUUUAUGGCUUUUUUUAAAAUCUUUUCUUUUUCCAAAUAUAGUCUAACCCCAAGUCAUCAUAGUUACGCUUGUCGAACACAGAAAAAAAGUUUUUUUUUCUUCAAUAAACUCUUCGUGCUUUGCAGUGGGCUCACCUAUGACCGUCGCCUUUUACCGUCUGACUAUGAAUUUUCAGGAAUUACAUUGAACGAAACAUUUUUUUUGGAGAGUUUGUUCUAAAUUUUUUAUUUAUGGAUCAAAGAAACCUCCUCGGGAAUUUCAGCCACAACCUGAAAUAAAAUUGAAAGUUUUUUUCUUCUCGUAGAGUGGUAAGUAAAAACCGGAGCCAAAAAUUCCGAAAAAAAAAUGUCUGCGUUUUCUACCAUCGCAGUUAUGAAAACUUGCGUCUAGCCAGCUUUGAAAAAAAAUAAAAAUUUUUCUGAAAAUUUUGACACUCCAACCUAUGCUCAUACACAUGGAAAAUCACGAAAAAAUCCAUGAAAAAAAAUUGCGACAAAAACGAAUCCAGCUGUUUUAAUAAGCUCAAAAUGCAGUGUUUUCAUGUUUCUACGCUUCGAAACUCAAAAAAGGAGCACUUACACGGAAAUAUCCAAAAAAGAAAAAACUGCAAAAAAAGUUUGCACAGCGUGGGCACCGAACCUAUGACCUCGUGAUCCCCAGUCCGCCGCCUUUCCACUGCUCCUCGCUGCCGUUGCUUCGACAGCCGUCAGAUCGCAAUAGGACACCGCGCGCGCAUUCUCUUGUGUGCGGUGGGUCUUUGAAAGCUCAUAUCUUGGCUCAUAAGCAUUUUUUGAAAAAAUUUGAUGGUUUAUCGUGACAAGGGAAACAAGGACUAUAUACCUUCUAAAAAUGAGCUCGAUCGGAGACUAUGAAAUUUUCGACUUUUGAGGGUCCAGAACUUUUUUCACAGACCUCGGUGGCAGCUUUUGAAAACGGAUUUGGAAUCAGCGUGAAAAACUACAUCUAGAAAAUAUGGUCUCUUUCAGAAGUCCCACUGUGAGCUGAGACCAUUCCCUGGUAAGCACUUUUUGAGUUUAUAUCAGUUAGAAAAUAAAUUAUCAUUGCAAAGCUAUCAGAAAUGGUUUUGAAGACGUUGGGAUAAUUUGUUUUAAUUUACCUAAAAAGUUUGAGGAUAUAAAAAGUUUUAUAUAAAGAAAUAUCCAUCAUAAUUUCUUUUGGAAAGCUUUUUUUUUGAAUUUUUUUGCAACUUAACUCAACCAAAAAAACAUCAAAUAUUAUUUUUUUGUCCGCCAUCUUUUUUGUUUUUCGAGAUUUCGGUAUUAGGUUUGCUUCAAAAAUUGUAGAAAUUUUGUACAAAUUGAUAUUUUAAAAAGUUUGAAGAUAAAAAAAUGAAUAGUUAUUUCAAAAAAUCGUGCGAACUUCCUCAAGAAAAGUAGCGAGGCUCAAAAAAAAUUUUUUUGCGUAUUCUUUUCUCAUUUUCUCGUCGAAAUAUUUACAAAUUCCCUCUCAACCAUUUUUUUUCCUCGAAAAUUCCUCGCGUUUUCCUUUUCCAGUUGACAAAUAUUUACCGAACGGUUUAACUUUCUUGGUCAAUUAAGUGUGGGGCAAAUGGGAAUUCUUUUGAGUCAAAGUGGUUUUUGUCCAGGCGGAAGGAGAAUAGAGAAAUGAUCAAGUUUAUGUGUUUUUUUGAGAAGGAAAAAAAUAGGUUUUUGAAUGGAUUUUUUUAUCUUCAAGUUGAGAAAAACGUGAAGGAAAUAAUAAUUUUUUUCAUGUGAAAAAAAUAAGAUGGAUUUCUAUUUUGUUCACAAAAUUUUUUUCAGCAAAAAUUUAAAAAAAUUUUUUUUAUCUUAGUUCCAGUGGGAAUUCGUAGAAAAAAAUCAAGUUCUGAUAGUAGGCUUUUUUUACAAAAAUUUUCUUUUUUUCUUUAAAUGACUUCAAUUUCAAUGGACAUUAAAAGAGAAAUCUGACUUCAAAAAAAUGAUUAUUUACGCAAAUAUAUACACAAAUUCAAAAAAAUAAAAUUAUUUUUAAAAUUUUUUUCAGGCCUCGAAAAAAAUUGAAGAAUAUCAACGGUUCGAUGGCUUCUACAACAACUGGGCCAACCCCAAUUGGGGCUCUGUCGGUCGGUUUCCAUCCAAUUCGAUGUCUUUCGCUCUUCAAAACAAGCUCGGAUACUGAAAAAGACGUUUUCUCUAAUGUUAUUACCGCUGUAAUUCUAAAAAAAACAUUGAGGUCAAAAAAGCAAAAAAGUGUCUGGAAAUUAUAUUUUUUUCUUCCAGAAUGGCGUUUUUGUAUCAUCAAUUGCCAGAUUCUAAUUUUUUUUUCCACGAUAUGGAAGUUUAGAGUUGAUUUUUUGUUUCUGAAAAAUUUCUGGCUUUUCGUAAAAAUCCAAAAAAAAAUCCAAAAAUCAUUUUCUCAUUGAUCGAAAAGUUUGACAAGAUUUUCUUGAAGUCGGAAAUUCAUUUGAAUAGUCAAGUUAGGUAUUCUGUGUUAGAAAUGCCAAUUUGUCCCUUUUGCAAACAGUCUCAAUCGUUUUUUUGUUGCCAGGCUCUCUGAAAAUAUUUUUCUUUCUAUAAGUUUUAGCUUUUAUUUAUAUAGACUUUGAAGCAAGUUGAAAAAAAAAUUUCCCGGAUUUACUUUUCUUUUUUUCCUUUGUAAUUACCAAAGAUCGACUUUAUGCCAUUUUUUUUUGAGUUAGCUGAAAGUUAGCUGGAUCUUCACUGCUUAUGCUUUUUUUUCAAAUUUUCUUUUUUUUUUAGAAUAAUUUGCUAAAUAAUUUUUUACCGAUUUUUUUCUUUAUCUUUACAGAAUUUUUGCAAUAGGCAGUGCCUAUGUCAUCACAUUCCAAAAAAGCUUCAUGCAUUCUGCGAUACAGUGCUUUGCAUUUUGCACAGAUGUACCUCGCAUUUUGCACUUUUUUCGUCUGUUAAAAAGUGAGACUAAAAAGAGAUGCAAAAUGCGAGGAACUUCUAGGCAAAAUGCGAAGCUCUGAUUUUUGUAGAGAUCUCUAUGGGAUCUAAUGCCGUGUUCAAAGUAAUUUCCGCGAAAUGCAAAAUACCCGUUAGAGAAAGGAAAAGAUCACUAAAUUUUGGAGGGUCAGAGACCAUUUUGCAUUUCGCGGAAAUUACUUUGAACACGGCAUAAAGCAUGUUGAUGACAGUUUUCCGGGAUAAUGUAACUUUUUUUUUUCUUGAAGUUUAUAUCAGUGAUUUUUUCUUUCCAAGCUUUAUUCGAUAGGAUAUGUAAUGGAACUUCAAAAAGAUUUUCUUUGAACAAGUCCUCUCAGAAUGCGAACCAUGCAAAGCUCAGUUGAUUAACGAUUUUUCUUGAGUUUUCUUGAAAUGUUCCCUUUUUUAAUUUUAUUGAGUUUAUAAGUUGACAGGUGAAAGAAUUAAUCCAGAUGGACGGUUUUUCUUACAAAAACCUUUUGAGAAUAAUUUUUUUAACCUCGACAGGGAGAGGGUAAUGAACAAAAUAAUGUUAGAUUUCAAUCUCAGAAGAUACAUAGUACCGACUUCGAUUAAAGAAGACGAAGAGGUUGCGUUCUCUGAAAGUGCGCUGUCGAUAUAUGAAUAAGGUUAUUUCCGCGUUUCAGGCAGUCGUCUUCACCGCGACUCGCCUUCCAGCUAUUUCGACGGCGUCUACACGAUGAACAUGUCGUUGCCGUCGGCCAGAGCCAUUUCGGACCUCGUUUUCAAAGGUUUCCUACACAUCCUAAUGCUCUGACUUCUAUAUGUUCAUAACUCAGUUUCUUCAUUUUUGUCUAACUAUCUUCAAAAUAAUCUUUAUUACAGGUCCCAGCGGCAUUCCACACAGCCGAAAUUGCACCACUGUCCUGGCAUUCUUCAGUAAGUUUUCUUUUACGAAAAGAGAUGGUCCGAUGCGAAGAAAGUCGUUCGAAUCGCGGCCGGGAUGCUGGAAACAUUGUUCCAAAAUUUUGCUUGAGCAACUCCAGGCGACAGAAAGCCGAUUAAAAUGCAGUUUUUUUUUGCUUCAAAUAAACUAAUAACUUUUAACCGCUCCGCGUGUAGGCGACGAAUAGAGCCAUUCCAAAUGCGUCUUUUGUGCUAAAAAUCGAACCAACUUAAAAUUGAUCCGUCCCGCGGAACAGGGACGCGUGAAACCAUUCCAAGUGCGGCUGCAAAGGCUGAAAAGCAAUAAAAAAAGAGACCUAUCGGGUAUAAAAUAAUUCACGUUUCCUUGAGUCAUUCUGAGUUCGAUAAACGCUUCAAGCCGAAGAUCCAUUUGAUUUUUCUUCCUUUCUAGGCCAAGUCGUCGCCUACGAGAUCAUGGCCUCGACCUCAGUGAGCUGUCCUCUGGAGAUCAUGAAAAUCCCGGUACCUCGAUGCGACGCCCAUUUCGACCCUCUCUGUGAAGGCAAAACAGAGAUUCCGUUCACCAGAGCCAAGUAUGACAAGGAGACUGGCGGCGGCAUCAACUCGCCAAGAGAACAGGUCCUUUUUUGGCCCUGGAGCAAAGUUUCCGUAUUAUUCCAAUUUUUCUUUGAAAUCUUCGGUUUUUUGAGCUUGAACUUCAAGUGAGCUCAUUGGCAAACUCAAGUUUUUUUGACCGGAAGUUUUGUCAGCAAUCUUUGUACUGAAAUAGACUGUUGCGCAGUUAUGAGGGAGUUUCCUCUAGAGAGAGUGUUUGAGCAAGUUCGUAGAGAAUUCAAACCGCCAAGGAAAAUGACCUCCCAGAGGAAAGAAGAAUUCGGGACAAUAUCGACUUUUUCAUUAAUUUUUUUUUCAUUUCCCAUUUCCGACUUUCAGAUCAACGAGAGGACGGCUUGGAUCGACGGCUCCUUUGUCUAUAGUACAAAUGAAGCUUGGGUGAUGUCGAUGAGGUCCUACCACAACGGAAGGCUCCUCGAAGGACCCAUCGACGGAUAUCCGCCCCUCAACAACCCUCACGUCCCCCUCAACAAUCCACCACCACCUCAAAUCCACCGACUCAUGAGUCCCGAUCGUCUUUUUAGUCAGUUUCCUCUGGGAACUCCUUGAAAAACUUGUUCAUCUACAGUUCUGGGAGAUUCGCGAGUCAACGAGAAUCCCGGCCUUUUAUCGUUCGGUUUGGUUCUUUUCCGAUGGCACAACUACAACGCAGACAAGAUCCAGGCGGCCCAUCCGGAUUGGGGCGACGAAGUCGUUUUUCAGGCUGCUCGACGAUUCGUGAUCGCAACCUUGCAGGUAACCCUCCAAGGGGUGGGAAAAUGGUCUUUUCCCUGAUUAUUAGGGUUAAAGAUGAGCUUUUCUUGCAAUUAUUCAGAAUAAAAUUACCUUUCUUGUGAGCAAAGCUUGACCAUAGUAGAAUAAUCCCUCUAGGAGACUCAAUCUUCAGGUAAAUUUUGAAUCUAUAAAUCGGCUUGAACAGACGAAAGCCCGUUGCCGAAAAUUUACGAUUUUUUUGUUCUGUGGCAAGAUAUCUUGGUUAGGUUUCCUGUAGAAAGUUUGAAGUAUAAUCGAAGAUAUUUUUCAAAUUUUUAGUCCGAAUAAAGUAUAAAUGAAUUAAGUCAGGAAGAAUUGAGAUUGUAAAAGCCUGAUAUCAUUCCUUCUUGGAGACUCUCCAAAAAUCAAAAGUUCACUGAAAGAACCAUUUUUUCGCAGAAAAUCAUCGCCUACGACUUCAUCCCAGCGUUACUCAACGGAGUCGAGCUUGACCCCUACACCAAGUACAUGCCCCAUGUUCCUCCAGGUGCGACCGACCUGAGACGGCUUUCGCCAUAGUCCGUAUCGUUCUUCAGGAAUCUCUCAUGCUUUUGCCGCCGCCGCUUUCCGAUUCCCCCAUUCGAUCGUGCCGCCGGCAAUGUUCCUGAGGAAAAGGGGCCACGAAUGCGAAUUCCGGUCCGAAGUUGGAGGUUUUCCGGCGCUGAGGCUUUGUCAGAAUUGGUUAGUCAAUAAAUAUGCUAAGAAAAAAAAACUAGAAAAGUUGCCGUUAAAGGCCACGAAAUAUCUCAAAAAAGGAAUCUCCAAAAUAGUUCUGAAAUUUCGAGGUAUAUCUGGAAAAAUUCAAUUCCUUUUAUACAAUAAUCUCUAUCCUUCUCAAAGUUCUCGUUUUUUUCCGAGCUGUCAGAAAUGGCCAGAAAAAAAAAGUUUCAGAAAAAGAAACAAUUUAAAGAUCUUACUAACUCUGAUAGAGAAGUUGGCCCCGUUUUUCACCUUUUUCUGAGUUUAUUUCCUUUUUCGAAAAGUAUCCUUUCUUCGAAGAGGUAAAGAGCUUUUCGUGGCUAUUUUUAUUCAUAAACCGAUUCUGGGGAUAUUUUUUAAUAUUUUCCUGUUAAUCAAGGUUAUUUUUGAAGUUUCUCUGACUAAGUUGCUUGGAGCAAUAGUUUUGGCAUUGUUAUUUUAAAAAGGAUUUCUUGACAAAUAGGACUUCAGGUGGAACGCCCAAGACAUUGUCCGAGAAUACUCGGUGGACGAAAUAAUUCUCGGGAUGGCCAGUCAAUUGACGGAAGCCGACGAUAAUAUCGUCGUCGAAGACCUUCGAGACUACAUUUUCGGCCCCAUGCAUUUUACUCGUCUUGAUGUCGUGUCCUCAUCCAUCAUGAGAGGUUCCUAGAUCCCAAAAGUUGCCUUGGAGCGCGUUUCCCUCACUUCAGGACGUGACAACGGCCUCCCGCCCUACAAUGUUCUGAGACGGUCCUUUGGCCUGCCGCCAAAGGACUGGAAGGACAUUAAUCCCGAGUUUUACGUCAAGAACUCGGAAAAGAUGGAGAAGCUCAAGGAAUUAUAUGGAGGAGACAUUUCUACCUUGGAUUCAUACGUCGGAGGGUUGGUUUAAUGAAAAAUCCUUUUUUUUUUCGAAUCAUUUGCCUUUUGGCGUCGUCAAUUACUCCAUUUAUGACAUAAUCAAAUUCUAACUCAAAAAAUGAAUAAAUUUUACACGUUGUUCGCCAAGAUUGUGAGAUACAAAAAGCUUGUCACGAAGAUUUUUUUCUUGUCUGCGCUCUCUCAUUCUUUCACGUCAAUAACCCUGUCCGUGAGAGAAUGGAGAGCGCAUACGAGUCAGACGGUUUCCUGAAUGAAUUAUCAGGUUUUGAAAUUUUCAGAAUGCUGGAAGGUGGCGACAGUGGACCGGGAGAACUGUUCACCGUCAUUAUUAAGGAUCAAUUUCAGAGGAUUCGCGAUGCUGACAGGUAAUUAUUGGAAUGAAUUUCUUCUUUUUCUGAACAAAAUUCCAAACUCUCGAUCUCAAUUCCAAAAAAGCUCCUGAAAAAAAAAUUUCAAAGCAUGGUAUACUCCGUUCCGUGACUUGGAAGCUUAUCUGCGUCUUUCUUUUACCUAGAAUAAUUUUUUUUUCUUGAUGAUUCUAGUUUCAUUUUGCUUUGAUGUGCUGCAUAUUUCUUUGCUUUAUCUGCUUCAUUGACUUUUCGACCUCUGAAAAAUCGAUAUUUCCUCAGAUUCUGGUACGAAAAUAAGCUCAACGGGCUGUUCACACCGGAAGAUUUGGCUCAAAUCCAAGCCACGACGCUGCACGACAUCAUCAAGGCCACCACGGACAUUUCCGAAAAUAUGCUCCAGAAAAAUGUCAGUUUUUUUUCCUAAUUCAGAAAAUUAGAUUUGAAAACGAUGAUUUUUUUUAUUUAUUUCUUUAUUGUCAGUUCAAAAAAGGCUUCAUUUUACAGAAACUUUAGUGAUUUGAACAAAAGGAUGAUUUUUUUCGGAAUCUUUUUGAUCCAACUUCUUUUCAAAUCCCUUAAUAUCUUCAUUCAACUUUUAAGCUUGACACGGAAAUCAAUCAAAAAGCUUUAAAAAAUUCCGAAAUUUUAAUUUGAAAGAUAAUCUUGACAGGUUUAUUGCUCAUAUUAGCUCACGAUCGUAAAUUUUGAGGUAUUCUUCUGGAAAGACGGCGAUCCAUGUCCACAACCCUUCCAAGUCAAUAAUACGGGUCAGUUUUCUGAGUAUAAGUUGAUGUAUUGCAGCUGCGGUUAAAAGACCCCGGAAUCUUUUUUCGCUUAGUUAUUUUGUUCUGACGCCGGAAAACAUUAAGAAACUCCCUAAGACAACUUUGCUCUAUUGCAUCUUGAAAGAGUUGUUCAGAAAUAAACUUUUCAGGCCUUGAAAAAUGCGUCCCAUUCAUGCGAUUCGAUCAUUUCACAGGCAAUGAAGUGACCUACAUUUUUACCUUGAUUGGGCUCGCUUGUGUGCCGAUAGGUUCGAUUUUGAUCAUACAGAAAAUAAAAUAAAUGUUUGGAGUAUGCUUCGGAAUCGGCCAUUUGCUGGUGAAGAAACGGAUCACGAUGGGCUGGAACGAGGCUUUCGACGAUUUGUCCGUGAGUGCUUCGGUUGACGACAAGGAGAGUCGCUCGUGCUAUUCGGUUAAUGGUUGGUUUUUUUCUCUUGAUUCAAAUAUAAAAAAAUAGGAGCUUCACAGCCAAGAGAUUUGCAGAAGAAAAAUUCGAAUUGAAAUUUUGAAAAUGACAAUUUUUUUCAUAAGGAAAAAAAGUUGAUUAUAGUGAAUUUGAUGGUAUUCGAAAAAAAUAAAAAAAUCAAGAAAUCAAAUUCAAUUGAAUUAAGCCGCCUUCGUUCGAAAAAAAUCCAACAAUAGCAUUCUUCUUUUUUUGUUCGCGUAAAGCUGUUCUGGGCUUUUUGUGAUUGUAGGUGCCCUUUAAGAAAAUAUUUUUGCUUCCAAAUAAAUAUAACAUCCCUAUUAUCGACUUGAAAAAAAGAUUGAUUCGAGACUUAGUCAUUCCUGAAUCAACGGAAAGCAAUAGAAGAAAAAAAAGAAUGUAAAUGUUUGAAUUGUUCCUGAAAAAAUAAAAUUUUUGAUCCCACUCUCAAGAUUCUCGUUUUCAGCUUUCGAGUGGCUUCAAGAAGAGAACGUCCGACAGGUGAUAGUGGAAGUCGAUAAAGGGCAAUUGACGGUUAGAAAGCCGCGAGGUCGAGUCCUCAGAAAGCUCGUCUUCGCCACGGACGCCCAAAUCCAGCUGAUCCAUUCGGAACCUCGGGCUUCCACUAUGCACGGCCCUUAUGUCCUGAUCACCCUCCCGAAGACUCACGACCUCGUGAUCAGACUGCCUUCCGAUAAGCACCUUGGAGAGUUUCUCAUGGCCCUCAGUGAAGCCGUCAGACCACUCGGAGGUCGAGUCAAUGCCGCUCCUGAAAGGAACGACCUUCUGUUGGACCGCGCCGAGACCAAGGAGCGACGUCAGGAUCGUCUCGACCACUUCUUCCGCGAGGCCUACGCUCGUACUUUCGAUGAGCAUGAACUCUGCGAUAGCGCGGUGCCUGUCAGUGCCGACGACAGCGACACCGUCCUCAGCGAGACGAUCACAAGGUCCGUUUCGGGAACAAUUGUUGGAGAUGGUUGGGAGGGAAAAUGGGGCAGCCGCAUGAUAAGGCUGUUUUUUCUCUCUCUUGAAUCAUGGAAUAAUUGAAGAGUUUCGGUUUGCGAAAAUGUCGUUGAGCAAACCGACGCUUCUCCAUGUAGGAACAGCACGGCGCCCAGCUUUUCCGGGGCGGGCGUCUGGUUUAAUUUCUUGCAAAAGCGGAAGGUAAAUCCCUGCGAUUGGGAUGUAGAAAUGAGAUAAGUAUAGAGUAUGCCUCAAAAAAGUGGAGAUAGGCACGUUUUCUUUGAUUACAGACACGAGCUGGCCCAGGCGAUGGGAAUGAAAGAGUCGGAUAUGUUCGUCCAGCGAAUGUUCGCCGUCACAGCCAAACAACGCAGCGACUGCAUGUCCUUCGCGGAAUUCCUCACCGUUCUGAAGCGUUUUACCAAUGGUCUCCAAGGACUUCCCUCAAAAACCUCAACUUUUUCUCUUCUCAGCCUCGGCCCAAGAAAAGUACCGACUGUUGUUCCAAAUGUGCGACAUCGAAGGCACUGGAAGGGUCCGAAGAGUCGAAUUCGCCGAUCUGAUCCGAUCCCUGAGUAACGUCGCUGGCGUGAAGCUUGACGAACAUUCCCACUCGAAUUUGGUCGAUUCGGUCCUUCAUCGACAUGGUAAAACAUUUUCACACAAAUAAAAUGGUUAAACGCUUUUAAAACUUAAAAAAACCAUAUUUUUGAAUCCUUUUUGAAAGGGAAAACUGGUUGAAAGGGCUUUCUGAUGUGCUAUUUCGUGGGACAGCAAAGAAAUUUUGGUUUUUGAAUGAUGAAAUUCAGUGUCGCGACUCGAAAAAAGUUAAAGAAAUAAUCGAAAAAUCAAAGUCAUCCUGCAGGCGUUUGCCGUGAGCUGGAGUACAUGAACUACGAGGAUUUCGAGACGAUUUUUGGCGACGUUGACCAUAAAAGACCUGUCGGCGUGGAUUUCCGUGGAGCUAAGAUGCGCGUCAACUUGAAGGAGUUCGUUUUAGCGAAAGAAAUAUAUGAAGACUCAAUUUUCUCUACCUGUCGCUAUUUUGGAAGAAUUCAGAAUUCCUUGAGAUUCUGAGUUUGAUAUUACUACCCUAAGCUCUAUAGGACAAGUUGGACCUGAAAAUGGGUCGUUUGAAAAACAAGUGUGUUUAGUUGAAGCUACCCUAUUAGAUAACACGGAGCGUAGCAGUCGCGUUGCGGUUUUCCCAUUUACGAAAAUAUUUGAUCCUCGACUCACCGUGUAUUUGCGCCCGACCUCGAGCGAUUUACUCAAGUAGUUUCUGGUCGGACGCGCUAAAACGGAAAGUGCUUUUUGAGAUAACCGCUUCGCGACCGCGAGGCGUUCAAUAAUUCGUCGUGAAUUCUUCGAAAACAUUGCAUUUUGUUUUCCAGAACAGCCUCGCUGAGCUCUUUUGCCGUGCCGAGCAGUCAGCUCGUUGCCAUACAGAAGUGCAUCCCGAAAAAUAUUUUUUCGCGUUGGGCAGCCUUUCUGGAGACCUACCGACAGCACACGGUCAUCGUCUUCAUCUUCGUCGCCAUCAAUAUUCUCUACUUUUUGGAGCGCUUUUGGCGUGAGUUUUGGCUCGCUACAGAAAUGUCGCUUUUUUCUGACAACUGUUCUUGUAGAACUAGUAGGGGAUGUUGAACUUUUGCUCAUUUUUUUUUGGUACAUUAUUGCGAUUAGCUGAUAAUUGUUUUUCUUACCGAAUACCCUCCCCCAGAAUACCUACCGCAGAGUUUCGGACCACUUUCACUUCAAAAAAAUCCCUCGCAAGAUCACUCCUUGAAGGAAAUUUCAUUCUUCCGUUGAGAAUUUCUUUUAAACCUGCCAGAUUGCUCUUUUAUGUACCACAUUAAGAUCAUGAAAACUCCUUAUUUUUCGAGAAAUGAGGUUUCAAAGCCCCAAAAUUGCCUACUUUAUCGGAUUUUCUUGGAAUUUGAGGUGUUCUGCCUCAAAAACUAAAAAGUUAUGCAGGUUUAGGCUUCCAGAAUCUUCUUCUGAUAUUUCGAGAAAUGCUCUGGAUCUUUUUUAAGCGAACUUUCAAUCAAAAAGUUAAAUAACCUUCCUUGUUUGUGAGAUAAUUAGGAAAAAAAAAUUGUUUUUCUGCGUGUUCGAAAUUUCGAGCAAGCUUUUUUGGAUGAAAACUAUGAAAAAAUCCUAACUUCAGACUACCGUUACAUGACGGAGCACAGAGACCUGCGGAGGGUCAUGGGAGCUGGAAUCGCCAUAACUCGAGGAGCUGCCGGAGCUCUCUCCUUCUGCAUGGCGCUGAUUCUGCUGACCGUUUGCCGCAACCUGAUCACGAUCGCUAGGGAAACCCCAUUGGGAGAGUACAUUCCCUUCGACUCGGCCAUCACCUUCCACAAGGUUCGAUUCGAUUCAAAAGAGAAUUAAAAAUUCCAGAUUAUUUUUUUCAAAUUCUCGAGCCUACUGAGUUGCCCGCUUUAAAAUCAACCUUGGAUCUGAAUUUUUUUUAAAAGCAUAAACUCAAAAUUUUUUGGCUCGAAGUUUGAUUUUUUUUUUUCGGUUUAUGUAAAAUAUUUUUGACAUGUGAAGAAGGUCAUUUCACUUUGCAAUUUGGAAUUGUUUGCAAAUCCGCUCAAACAAUCCCUGAAUUUAUAUUUACGGAAAACCUUCGCAAACUUCUAGUUUUGGAGUCAUGCUUUUUCAAAGAUGCCAAUUUUCAAACUUCAAAAAUGAAUAUCUCCGAAAAAGUUUCAAACUGCAGAGUUAAAUUACUUUUAGCGUAAGCUCUUUUUCUUCUUCUUUGUACAAAAAGUUCUUUUCUUCUAGAUCGUCGCUGUGUUCGCCGCCGUUUGGGCCUCAAUCCACACAAUCGGCCAUUGCGUCAACUUCUACCACGUCGCAACCCAAAGCCAAGAAGGCCUGCAAUGUCUCUUCCAAGAAGCCGUUUUUGGGUAAAUCUUUCCUUUGUCUGAUUUUAGGCUGAAAACGGUAUAAAUCUAUAAGAAACAAAGUUUCAAAAAGUUUCACAAUCAAAACAUCUUUCGGUUCAUUUUUGGCUUUUCAUGUUCAUUUUAAACUCGAAGUGAUUCCUAGAGUGUUCGCAUUUUUUUUUGGCUUUUCUACCAUCCCAAAAUCGAAAAUAAUCGGAUCUGAAGUGGCAACUUGAGUAGGCUGCUCCGAAAUUGCCCAAAAUCAGUCAAUGUUAACCUUCAAAAGACUGAAGAGACCGCUUAAAUUUUUUAGAUUACAUCAAAAUUAAAACCUUCUUUCAUUUGUCCACAGAAGGGUUUCAGAAUGUGAGUUUUCGAAUAUUUAGAUUUUAACUUCUAGAAAAACUGUCGUGAAUUUCGACUUAUCUUAUUCCAAUCUUCAGAUCCAACUUCCUGCCAUCCAUCUCCUACUGGUUCUACGGAACCAUCACCGGCCUCACCGGCAUCGCUUUGGUCUGCGUCAUGUCGAUCAUCUACGUUUUCGCCUUGCCCUGUUUCAUGCGACGUGCCUACCACGCCUUCAGAUUCACCCAUCUUCUGAACAUCGCCUUCUACGCCAUCACCCUGCUUCAUGGCCUUCCGAAGCUCCUUGAUGUCAGUUUCUUUGAGUUUCUAGUAUAAAAUUGAGAGUUAGGGGCUGAAAGUUUGAGGGUUGAUAAGUUACGUUGUUUCAAAGAAAUGACGUCAUCUGAACCGAACUCUAGAGCUCAUGACGUCAUAUUCGUGAAAAAAAAUGCUAAAGCUCUCAAGUCAAGAGGAACGAAUGGAAAAACUUUGAAAAAGGGACGUCACCUUGAAACUUGAAACUUUGAAACUUUAUUCAGUCUUCAGAGAAGGUACUCUGCUGAAUCAUGGAAUAAUUGAAGAGUUGUUCGUCGGUUUGCGAAACUGUCGUUGAUCAAACGUAGACGGCGCGUAGAGCAUCUCGUCUUUCUUGUGAUAGUAGUAGACGACUUUCGAGCGUUUCCGACGAUCACUGCUUCUCCAUGUAGGAACGGUACGGCGCCCAGCUUGUCCAGGGCUGACGGGCGUCGGAAUAAAUCUCAGACGAGAGCGGAAAUGAAGACCGACCACUCGGGUGGUAGAAAUGAGAUAAUGACGUCACCUGGACCAAUAUAUUGAGCUUAUGACGUAAUUUUGAAUACAUAAGGUAUAAUUAUAGAAUUAGUAUGAAUUAUUAUUACCAAAAAAUAUUACGCUUCAAGAGUAACCAAAAAUUGGUGAUGAAUGGAAAAAAAUAUCUGGAAGCAUUUUCGAAUUUUCAACGAAUAUGACUUCUUCAAUUAUCCAUCCAAAACGUGUAUAACUUUGAUCUUUGCAGUCCCCCAAAUUCUGGUACUUCGUGAUCGGACCAAUAAUCUGCUUCAUCAUCGAUCGCAUCAUCGGAAUGCGUCAAGAAUACAAACAGCUUCAAGUCCUCAACGCGGCUUUGCUCCCAUCAGGUUUGCAGGAUCCGAACCUUGGCCAUGAGAUCGCCAAGCAGACGCCCUAGCCACUAGACCACACAGAGCCACAUUUCAGACAUCAUCUACCUGCAAUUCAAGCGGCCGGCCUCGUUCAAGUUCCGUUCGGGACAGUGGGUCCGCGUCUCGACGCCCGCCUUUUCCUGCAGCUUCAACGAAUCACACGCCUUUUCUCUCGCCUCGGCGCCUCAGGCUCCGACGCUGGAGCUGUACAUCAAGGUCUGCUUUAGAUCUCUUCAUGAGUUUAAAAAGUUAAAAUGAACGGUUUCAUGUUUUUCAAAUAUUUCCUAACGUUUGCUUGCUCAAUUUUUCAUAUUUCAUACCAUCUCUUCUAUGAAAACCAAGAAGAAAAAAGAGUAAUAAAAUUCAGUCAAAAAUUCGUAAAGCUUGAAAAAAGUUUUUUUUUUGCGUACAGCGAGCGCACUUUUAAUAUAUUUUUCGGCUCACCAAGCUCAAAAUUGAGAAAAAUAACUUCGAGGUGACCUUUUUGCUUUAAUUUUUUGAUCGAUAGUUAGCUGCAGACCUUGUCCUUUUGAUCAUAUUUACUUCGGAUAGGAAAACAUUGACUAUUUUUCAGGCUGUCGGACCUUGGACCUGGAAGCUGCGGAGCGAGAUCAUGCGAGCUCAGGCCAAUCAGUCGCCUUAUCCCUUGAUCCACUUGAAUGGUCCCUACGGCGACGGCAAUCAGGAAUGGGCAAACUAUGAAGUCGCGAUUCUGGUUGGCGGCGGCAUUGGAGUCACUCCGUACGCCUCGACUCUGAGCGACCUCGUCCUUCAGACCACAUCCGGACGGUACAACACGGUCCGGUGCAAGAAGGUUCGUCGACAAAAUGUGACGUCAGAGUUGCAUAUCUUUGAUGACGUCAUGAGAUAUUAUGACGCCAUCUUUUGAAGGAAGUCCUGAAGAGAGCUUAAUAAUUGGAAGUUUUGAUGACAAAAGUCUGAACUUUAAAAAUUUCCGUCGUUUUUAAGAAAGUUGGUUAAUGUGACGUCAAGACGGAUGAAAAGUCAUUGAAGAUUUCCAUGACGUCAGGAUUUAAAUAUAUGACGUCAUAUUGAAGUUCAGCCGAAGACCUUGGACGGAGUGAGCAACAGUCUUUUGAAAACCAGUUGAUAUUUUUUAAAGUCUUUUUUUUUAGAUUUUCGGAUGCCCUGAAGAUUGAAAAAGUUAUGAUGAGAUCGAAGACGUAGUCAAUUUCUAAACUACCUCCAAUGACGUCACUGGAUCAUAUGGAGUUUUCAGGUCUAUUUCCUGUGGGUUUGCCCGACGCAUAAAAACUACGAGUGGUUCGUCGACGUACUGAAGAACGUGGAGGAGCACGACGAGCAGAACGUCCUUGAGACGCACAUCUUCGUCACGCAGUUCUUCCACAAGUUUGACCUGAGGACGACGAUGCUGGUCAGUUUGAGAAAAAUGAAGGGAAUUUGGUAACGGGAACCGUGUUCUGAGCGUUUCCAGCAACCACUUUAACGGCUUCGCUACUUUUAACUGUUUACUUGGAAUGCUCGGAGAAGUCCGGGGCUCGACCCGUUUCCUUUACUGAAGAAAAACUCGGUGCUCCCCCAUCAGAGUUAUUCGAGAUGUGCUUUUUUGAAAACGAGACGACACAAGAUUUCCAAAAUGUUUUCGAGACGAGACACGUUUUUUUCUUUUUAUAGAGUUAUUUCUCAAGUUUUUUUCUUUUGACAAUCCUGCAAGCUACGGUAUACUAAUUGUUAGAAAAUGACUAUUUCAAGUUUCAAAAUUGGCUUAUAAAAAUAUAUAUAAAAUACAGCUUGAAUUAUGGGUUUCGUCGAGUUCCCUCAUCCUGGUCAGGGGCUCAACGGGUGUCCCCGUACUAAAUCCGUGUUUUUCGAGGCUAUUUCAGUAUCAGCUGUGCUGAAACGCGCGCAAAAAGGUAGAGGUUACCCAGCUGUGUAUAUUUCAAAAAUCUGACUAGUGAGACCCAAAUAGGCUAAAACUGCGCCUCAGCGGAGGUGAAAAAAAAAACGCUAAAGUUUUGAACACGUAUUUGAUACGGGCUUACAUCUGCCUCGUGUUAGCACGGCUGGUUAACCCUCAUCAGCAUGAGAGUCGCAUCUUCAAAUUUUUUUUUGCUUGAAGUUCUAACCGGAAAUUCAGGGAGAUUGUCGUGAACCGACUAUGCUUUACAAGUUCAAAAAUAAUUCUCGAAGUUAAACUUCUGUUUCAGUACAUUUGCGAGAAGCACUUCCGCGGCGAGCACUCUGGGGUCUCGAUGUUCACCGGCCUCCGAGCGCAGAAUCAUUUUGGUCGGCCCAACUUUGAGGCAUUCUUCCGGUUCAUCCAAAGCCGACAUAGAGAGGUGGGUUUUGAAGAAGUCAAAGUCUAGAUUUCUCACUUUUUAAAAGUCAUGAAGCUCUAUUUAGUUUUUCUGUUCAUUUUCUUUUUGAUCUUUAGAGAGCUUUAAACGUUUCAGAACUUGCGAAAAAUCGAUCCGAAAAUCUCCCGAAACUUCUUUUUUUUCAGCAAGAAGAAAUCGGCGUGUUCAGCUGCGGUCCAUCGGCCCUCAAUGAGCAAAUCAGCGAGGGUUGUUCCAAGGCGAACCGCGUCAGGAACGCCCCGUCCUUCUGCCAUCGCUUCGAGACCUUUUAA